CUGCAGGUUUCUGGCUGCAGGUUUCUGACUGCAGGUUUCUGGACUGUAGGUUUCUGACUGCAGGUUUCUGACUGCAGCAGGAAUCUGUGAUAUCAGGGUCUUUGAGCCCGUAGCUCCGGUUCCUUAUUUUGCCCUCAUCAUCGUCUGUCAGACAGCUUGCUCAGGUAUCAUCACCUGACCGACCUCACUGUUUAUUCUCACCAGCAGCCGGUUAGAGAACCUGGAUCCACCAGAGGACAACCAGUAAAGACUUGCAGAAACCAGAACCAGUCAUUACUCCUGACUGAUGGGACCUGGUUGUGGUUGGACCUGGUUGGAAUAGAUCUGGUGACAGUGUGAUGCCUGAAGGAUCUCACAGUUCCUCCAAUGACGUCCCAAUGGAUGAAGGCGGACUGUCAGUGUCUCUGCUGUUCAGAUAUUUAGUGAAACCCUCUGAGGAGUGGUUAACCGACUCCCCCCGCCUGUCCUCCACCUCCAUCAGCAGUAAUGAACGCGCUCCGUCGGCCACGCCCUCCGACUCCUCCGACCACCGCCCGGUGAGCCUGAUCUCCACACUGUCCUCGGGCUCUGCAUCCUCCCGAGACGACAACCUCGUCCCUCCGGCGUCCGCCCAAAUCCCCGACAUCGACCUGGACCUGAGCCCUGCAGGGGGCGCCGGUGAGGGCGAGGUCGACGAGAGGGGGCGGGGCCUCGGCCUCAUACACAACAACAACAACAACAAAGAGUCCGCGCCGAGUCGAGCCUCCAGCCGCCGCCAGCAGACGUCACCGUUCACAGCCAGAAGCAUGGCGCCGAACCCUCAGCUGACCUACCUGGACCGCGUUGUCAUGGAGAUCAUCGAGACGGAGAGGAUGUACGUCAGAGACCUUCGCAUGAUCGUAGAGGAUUAUCUGGCUCAUAUAAUCGAUCAGUGUGAUUUAUCGAUCCGUCCUGAGCAGGUCUGCUCUCUGUUUGGAAACAUUGAGGACAUCUAUGAGUUCAACAGCGAGCUGCUUCAGGCUCUCGACCUGUGUGACAACGACCCCGUCGCCGUCGCCAGGUGCUUCGUUAUGAAGAGCGAGUACUUUGAGAUCUACACACAGUACUGCACCAACUACCCAAAUUCGGUUGCAGCGCUGACAGAGUGCAUGAGGAAUAAAUCUCUGGCAAAGUUCUUUCGGGAGCGCCAGGCGUUGUUGAAGCGUUCGCUGCCCUUGGGUUCAUACCUUCUCAAACCGGUUCAGAGGAUCCUCAAAUACCACCUGCUGCUCCAGGAGAUAGCGAAGCACUUUGACCCGGAGGAGGAGGGUUACGAGGUGGUGGAGGAGGCCAUCUACACCAUGACGGGAGUCGCUUGGUACAUCAACGACAUGAAGAGGAAACACGAGCACGCCGUCAGACUGCAGGAGGUUCAGUCUUUGCUGCUGAACUGGAAAGGUCCGGACCUCACCACGUACGGAGAACUGGUUCUGGAGGGAACCUUCAAAGUUCAUCGAGCUAAAAACGAGAGAACGCUGUUCCUGUUCGACCGCAUGCUGCUCAUCACCAAACGCCGCGGGGAACACUUUGUCUACAAGACGCACAUAUCUUGUUCCACUCUCAUGCUGAUUGAAAGCGCCAAAGAUUCUCUGAGCUUCAGCGUUACUCACUACAAACAUCCCAAACAGCCUCACACCGUCCAGGCAAAGACGGUUGAGGAGAAGAAGCUGUGGGCUCAUCACAUUAAACGCAUCAUUCUGGAAAACCACCAUGCCAUCAUCCCACAGAAGGCUAAAGACGCCAUCUUGGAAAUGAAUCCUAUUUAUCCUCCCAGGUAUCGGUACAGCCCUGAGCGGCUGAAGAAAGCUCUUUCCUGUCAGUCUGAUGAGUUUCCACAAGACGCUCGUCAGGGACGACGACAGUCCGAGCCGACCAAACAAAUACUGAAGAGCAGCAAAGCCGUCCUCAAGGAGGCGGAGGCAGGCAGUGUCUCCUCUAACGGCUGCAACAAAGAAAGCAGACACCUUCUGGAAGAAGACGAGCCAGAAGGAACUGAACCGACACACGAGCGGUUAAAUAACAGCCGAGUGGACGACUUGCAGGCCUCCACACAUAAGCCGCAACAGGAGACGAUGUCAGAGUCUGAGCCAGCAGAAAUCCCUGAACCAGAACCCUCCUCUGAUCUGGACAGUUUGCCUCCCAGGAUCUCAACGUCUCCUAAAUUGUCAGAAGAAGUGACACUUGAAAGAGUUCCAGAGCCCACAGGGCAACCGUCCUCUGCCACACCUGAUUCAGAUUCAAAGACCUUGAGCAGUGCAGAAUCCUCUGAGGACGAGGAGGAUGUGAAGGAGGCGGCAGAGAAAGAGGGUAAAGCCACCAGCAUCCUUCCUUCCUCUGUCCUGGACAAAGCCAGCGCCAUCGCCCAGCACUUCACCAACAGCAUCAAACGGGGCAGCCUGGUCCAGGACGACACCCGCUCCAUCAGCUGCGCUUCACCGCGGUUACCCAGCAGGACCGGCAGCAGCCUCAGUCUCAGUGCUGAACCCGCCGACCGUCCUGUUCGGAUCAACAGUGUCUCUUCUGAUGCUGUGGAGACCUUCGGCGUGGCAGAUCUGACCCUCCUGUCUCCUCGGGACGACAGCCUCUUUGACGCCGACCGAGGCAUUCGGCGGAGGCGAGACUCCACUCUGUCCAAGCAGGACCAGCUGCUCAUCGGCAAAAUCAAGAGUUACUAUGAGAACGCUGAGAGCCAGGAUGCCACCUUCAGCCUCCAGCGCAGAGAGAGCCUAACAUACAUCCCGUCUGGGCUGGUCAGGAGCUCCGUCAGCCGGUUCAACAGCAUCCCAAAGGAGGAAACAAACCCCUCCACCUUGACCGCAUCCUCCAGUCUUGACCCUAUUUCAGCAGAGCCAGACUUAGAUACCAGGGGUUACAUGGUCUCUGGUGACUCUUUGGACUCUUUGAAGUCUGAUCAGAGAAGCACAGAUCCAGAAGAUUCAGGAGAAAGCCACAGGUCCAGAUCUCAAAGCAUUCAGGACAAUCCAUCUGAGGACGAAGAGUUCAGACCUUCAUCUGAAAUGAUCAAGAUCUGGCAGUCAAUGGAACGAGGGAUCACCAGAUCCCAAAGUGAAGACAAAGGGCGAUAUCGAGAAGCUCCAAGAAACUCCAGAGUGACCGACGUCAGCCUUUCUGACACAACAAAGACCCCAAACAAGAGCUGUGACCGAGAGAGUGGAGUGUCUGAUCUGAGCACCAUCACAGAGGAAUCCAUGAGUCCUUCACCCCUCAUGCACAAAGACUCCAGUGUGAAUCGGACAGGAAGUCUGAAGGACUCACUGAAGGUGUUUGGGGAGGAGGCUGUCCUUCUCAGGGUCCCAGUUCCUCGGGUUGCGCAGCUGAAGGCUGAGGCGGAGGGGGUUAGGCCUAGCGAAAACUCAAACCAGCUGGAUGACGUAGACAAGACCAAGAGCAAAGUCCUCCAUUUGGCUCGUCAGUACAGUCAGAAAAUCAAAACAACCAAACCAGUUGUCCGACAGCGAAGUCAGGGCGUCCUGAUCAGCAAGAAGAGCUUAUCCUGUGUGCUGGAGGAGAAGGAGAGUACUGCAGGUAAACCCAACCUGACCCUGCCGCUGGUUUCUCAUAAGGAGGCAGCCUCUCUACCGCUGAGCCCUGUGGACCCCCCGGGCCGGGCUCGCUCUCGCAGCCCCCUCAGCCCCCUCAGCCCCCCUCAGUCCUCCAACGAGGGCUUCAACUGGCCCGACGUCAGAGAACUCCGCUCCAAAUACUCCAAGAAGAGUUCUGUAAGCCGGAGUUGCUCUAUCCCAGAGCAAAUGUUUGACAGUGGUCUGAGGAGGCACUCCAGUUGCUCCUCCAGCCUCCUCCCUGAAGGAGCUUCUGGAGAGGUUCCUUCGUACAAGCCUCGCAGCAGCCAGGACGCCAGCAGAGAAGAACGCAGGAAACGUCUUCACAGAGCCAAUUCUCUGGACCCUCGGAUGAGCGGAGCACAAAUGACUGAGCUGCAGAAGCUCCAGCACCAGGUUGCAAACAGCAACUCCGACAGUUACUACGUCGCAGCCGAGGCGCCCCUACCAAACGACCCUGAACACAAGAUCAUCGUCAUGGAGAAGCUUCCAGAGUCUGCGGAAACAGCUAAAGAAUCCAAAGAAGAAGAAGAAGGGGACGAUAACUACGUUCAGAUCCGUUCACCAACCAGCAGGGAGAAGAUCUCCAUCAUGGCUGUCAUCGACCGCUGCCGGGUCUAUCAGGAGUCUGACGAAUAUAAACAGAGGGAGGAAGUGAAAGCUAAAAGUGAGCCGGCGAGGCCCCAAGAGGCAGAAGAUCAGGACGACGAGUCCCAGAGUUCAAAGUCCGGACAGAAGCCUGAAGCCGGUCAGCAGAGCAUCGUAAAGAAUCUGAGAGAACGGUUCCAGAGCCUGAGCUGAAUAAACACAACUUCACACCAAAACUCUGAAUUAAUGAACCCAAAGAUAUAUUAAUACUUUUCAAAAACAGGUUGUUAAAGUAGGGAAGAGAUGAUCCGCCUCAAGACUUACCCAAUCAAAUGAUGAAUUAUUCUACAGUAGACAACUGUUAACAGCUGGAGAGGACAAGUCCUGCUUUAUUCCCUCUGAUUAUAAGUCUAGAAGUUGUUUUGAAUCAAUAGCAAAUAUGUGUGAAGAAAUACUCACGAUGGAUGUUUAAAUGUGAAGAAAUGAAAUAAUAAAAUCAAAAUUGUCAUGGUUACAUACAUAUCAUUGUGAUUUGAUAUCCAAAGAAGAUCCAAAAACCACUUUCUCAAGACUACGAGAGCUUUUCCCAGCGUCCACUCUGGCAUUUUGUAGAUAAAUGUCUAGAAAUGUGUAAAUAUCUUUAUACUGUCCUCCAGUACAAGUUAUUGUCAGUCACAAUAUUUGAUAAAAGCACCUUUUUGUACAGGAUGUUAUUCUGUGUUGUUUAGAGUAAUCUUAGGGAGUCGUCACUACAGGAAGGGAUCGGUCGUCUUGUAAAAGCUUUGUAUGUUCAGCACAGACUUUAAUGCUCCGCUGUUACCAUUAAAGCUCACCUGUGUGGAUUCCUGCUGCAAGAAGUCUAACCACUACAUCUUACCGGUCAGUUUCACUUUGUUCAGUCACUUUUCUAAAAACAACUCACAGAUUCUUCCUCUGUUAUGAUUCUAUUAUGGGAGUGGUCCAACAAUUGGAGAAAAUGAAAUCUAAACGAUUUAAUUGUUUUCUUCUGGUUUUAUGAAAAUGUUUAAAGACAUUAAGAACUCCUAUAUCUCAGAGAUAACCGAGUCCAACACUGAACAUUUAGAGUUCAGGUAACAGUAUGGAGGACCCUUAACUUGGAGAAAAAUAAAUUCAGUGAAUGAUUUCAAAACCUGUUCAAGUGCUGAUGUUUAAAUACAUUUAAAAAUUGAUAAUAAUUAAAAUGACUGUGGAUUUAUGUUAUUUGUGAAAUUGUGAAAACGAUAAAAGCAGUGAUCUGAACUAUUUUACCCUCAGUACAAAUUAUGAUUAUUAUGUUUAUAUAUUUUGUGCCUUUUAUUGUCUAAUUUAUGUUACAUUUAUUUGAAUAUUUGAUUCACUUUGGUCAUUCUUUAUUUCCUAUUAAGUCAGGUUUUGUUGUCCAUACACACAGUUUAUUUAUAUUUAUAUAAAGCAACUUUUAACAAAUUAGUGAGUCGAUUCAUUUUACUUGCCCAGUGGCACACUGGCUGAUUUGGGACUUGAACCUGUGACUUCCCUUUAACCACUGGACCACGCUGCACAUAAUAUUCUUCACUGUUAACAGCCAGGCUCGUACCUGUACCUCCUAUUUAUUUGACCUGAUGUAAAUACCAACUGUCUGUCGCUGUCUCUGGUUAUAUCUGUGUGUGUUCUAUGUACAAACAUGUUUAUAUGACCUCAAAUCUGUUCUUCAUUAAAACCAAAUGUACAGGA